UGGGUAGGGGAAGGUGGGAUGGGGGAAGGGCGCAGGGGGAGCGGCGGAGGGAGCGGGAACCGGAGAGGGCUGGCGCGGGGGCGAGCGGGGCACCUGCUGGCGAGGGGGCGCAGGACGGCCCGGGACCGCGACCUGCAGUAGGCCCCGAGCCCCGACCCCCGACCCCCACCCGCGCGUCUCCGCCGCCCCCGCCCCCGCGCGGCCCCCGCCCGGCUCCGCCCCGCCCCUCGCGCGGGGUCCGCGUCUGCGGCUGCGUCCCCCGAAAGACGAGGCUGCGCCCGGGUUCCGGUCCGCAGGGAGACCGAAGGGCACCGCCGCCCGCGCCCCAGAGUGCCGACACCCCAGGGAUGUGAGUGCGCCCCCGACUCGAGGCCCGCGCUCCCCGCCUCCAUCCGCGGCCUGCGCCCCAGAAGACCCCCACCCACAGCCCCUGCGCUGUCCUGAGGCCCGCCUGGAGCAUGCUGCCUGCAGCCAUGAAGGGCCUCAGCCUGGUACUGCUGGCCGCCCUGCUGUGCUCUGCGCCCGCACAGGGCCUGUGGUGCCAGGACUGCACGCUGACCACCAACUCCAGCCAUUGCACCCCGAAGCAGUGCCCGCCGUCGGACACAGUGUGCGCCAGUGUCCGCAUCACCGACCCCAGCAGCAGAAGGAAAGAUCAUUCCGUGAACAAGAUGUGUGCCUCAUCCUGUGACUUCGUUAAGCGGCACUUUUUCUCAGACUAUCUGAUGGGCUUCAUUAACUCUGGGAUCUUAAAAGUAGAGGUGGACUGCUGCGAGAAGGAUUUGUGCAACGGGGUGUCCGGAGUGGGGGGCAGCCCCUGGGCCCUGGCCUGGGGGCUCCUGCUCGGCCUAGGGCCUGCCCUCCUCUGGGCUGGGCCCUGAGGUCCCCUCCCUCCCACAGGGCUUCUGAGCUUGUUCCGCGGAGCCGGUGGUUGCCCUCUCCCCAGCCUGGCCUGGCUGGGGCUGGGGCAGCCUUGGCCCAGCUCCGUGGUCUGUGGCCCUCGCCCCUCCCCGAGAUGUGAGACCUCCCUGUCUCUCUACCAGCGUCGAGUCCCAGCCAGCAGGACAUCUCCGGGAAACCAGGCAUUGGGCAGGAGGCCUGGGGGGUGAGGGCAGGGGGCUGGGACCCCCAGCUGUCUGAGG